AUGGCGUCAUCGUCGGACAUGAAGGGUUUCUUCAAGCAAAAGAAGAAGACCGCCGCCGGAAAGGGUGUUGGAAAAUCAAAAGCGAAUAAGACGACGUCGUUUAAAAAGCCAAAGAACUCCGCCUCCGUCGGGACCGACCAAGUUCAGCCUCUGGCUCUCAUCUCCCAUGGUUCUCUCGAUCUCCAAGAUGAUUAUGAUAGCAACGAGGAGGUUCUGAGGCAAUUCGACAUGAGCCUGGCAUAUGGACCAUGCCUUGGGAUUACCAGACUGGAUCGAUGGGAGCGCGCUAAAGCCUUGGGCUUGAACCCUCCAAAAGACGUUGAGCGUCUCUUGAGAGCAGAAAAGGUUAAUGCUCAAUGCUUGUGGGAUGGUCGCAUUUAG